AUGGCAGCCGUCAUGGCAGCUGAAACUGAAGAACAAAGACAAGCUCGAUGUGAAGAAGAUCGAACACGACAUGCUGUUUCACGAGCAGCAGAAACUGCGGAACAGACAAGCAGUCGGCUUGCCGGUCAGCGGACACGACAAGCGGCUUCCAGGACUGUCGAAACUCCAGAAGAGCUGCGAGCUCGACGUGACCAAGAUCGAGCAUGGCAUGCUGCUUCAAGAGCAGCCGAGAGCCCAGGAGUACUGCAAGCCCGACGUGAUGCAGAUCGAUCACGGCAUGCUGUUUCAAGAGCAGCCGAGAGCCCAGAAGUACUGCAAGCCCAACGUGGUGCAGAUCGAUCACGGCAGGCUGUUUCACGAGCAGCAGAAACUUCGGAACAGAGACGAACUCGGAGUGAAGAUCAGCGCACAAGACAAGCAACUUCAAGGGCAGCACUAUGGACAUUUAUGGAAGGGGAAGCGUUCAAAUACGAUCCAACAAAAAGCUACGACAGUCAUCCGCAGCUGUUUAUUGGACGAAUGACUAAUGUUUGUUCACAUUGCGAGGCGUUAAAGUGGCCAGGAGAAGCACCAGGUAUGUGCUGCUCAGGUGGUAAGGUCAAGUUACCUCCACUUCGGCCUCUUCCUGAACCAUUGGAAUCACUAAUGUCAGGAAAAACGCCUGAAUCGACGCAUUUCCUGGAUAACAUUAGAAAGUACAAUUCCUGCUUUCAAAUGACAUCUUUUGGCACGUCAAAGAAGAUGGUUGACUCAGGCUUCAUGCCUACCUUCAGAGUUCAAGGUCAAGUGUACCAUCGUGUAGGAUCCCUGUUGCCACCUUCGAAUGAAGAACAAAAAUUUCUUCAAAUUUAUUUCAUGGGUGACGAUAGAAAAGAAGUACAACAACGUUGCAAAAAUAUGCCCGGCGUACGUGAGGAUAUUGUUAAGAAACUGCAACAAAUGGUUCAUGAGCACAAUCCUUAUGUGCAGUUUUUCAAGACUGCUCUUCAACGAAUGCCUUCGGAUCAAUUCAAGGUGGUUAUUCGAGCAGACAAGAAACCAGCUGGAGAGCAUGCACGACGCUUCAAUGCGCCGACGACAAAUGAGGUGGCGGCCGUCAUUGCUGGCAAUGGAUUUGACAAACGAGAUAUUGUCUUGGAGAAGCAAAACGGCCAGUUACAGAGUGUCUGAGACACACAGAUCUUAUGACGUCUUGCAAUACCCUCUUAUAUUUUGGGAAGGAGAAGAUGGUUAUGAUAUCUCUAUCGCACAGACUGAUCCCAAAACAGGAUUGGCUGUCGAUCGUAAGACAGUAUCGGCUAUGGACUUCUAUGCUUACAGAAUUAUGGUACGAUUUGGAGCUGUCAAUCAUAUCUUACGCUGUCGACAACUUUUCCAUCAGUUUGUGGUUGACAUGUACGCUAAGAUCGAAAGUGAACGAUUAUCUUAUCUACGUUAUCAUCAGAAAACACUGAGAGUGGAUGAAUACAUUCACCUGAGGGAUGCGAUAGCCAAUGAUGGAAAUGCAAGCAAUCUUGGCCAAUUAGUGAUUCUACCAUCUACUUUCACUGAAAGCCCACGUCACAUGCACGAGUAUACACAAGAUGCUAUGACCUACGUGAGAAACUAGGGAAGACCCGAUCUCUUUGUGACAUUCACCAGCAAUCCUAAGUGGGAAGAUAUCCAAGAAGAGCUGCUACCUGGUCAAGCUCCUUCCGAUCGUCAUGAUUUGUUAGCAAGAGUGUUUAGACAAAAGCUCAUAAAGCUGAUCAACAUUGUCACCAAAAGCCAUGUAUUCGGACCAACAAGAUGCUGGAUGUAUUCUAUUGAAUGGCAAAAGAGAGGGUUACCACAUGCACAUAUUUUGGUAUGGCUAAAGGACAAGAUUAAAUCGGAUCAAAUAGAUAGUGUCAUCAGUUCAGGACUACCUGAUCCUCAACGAGAUCCCCGCCUGUUUGAAAUAAUCAUCAAAACCAUGAUCCACGGUCCGUGUGGUGCUAUCAACCCGCAAUCUUCCUGUAUGGAAAAUAACAAGUGCACGAAGAGAUACCCAAGACAGUUCUUGCAGAAUACAGAAACCGGUGACGAUGGAUAUCCGUUAUACAGAAGAAGAAGUCCAGAAGAUGGUGAUAUCAAAGCCAAAAUCAAAAUGAGAAUUGGCAAUUCCAUCCAAGAAAUCGAAAUAGACAAUAAAUGGGUUGUACCAUAUUGCCCAUUGCUCAGUCGGCUCUUUCAAGCCCACAUUAAUGUGGAAUAUUGCAAUUCGGUGAAGUCAAUCAAAUACAUCUGCAAAUAUGUUAACAAGGGGAGUGA